GGAGGCUUGCCUAGAGCACAGAGCUAUAUCACAGCGUUAACAAGCAGCACGGAGCGUCAUUUGAACUCCAGUCACUGACAGACGCAUUUCACGGCUGGCUCCAUAAGACACACAUGCUCCAGUCUUCGACGAAGGGACACACCGACGACCUAAAUACACUCAGUGGUCCCCAGUUACCUGCUAUUAGAGAGACUUUUGGCUUUCCCUCUGCUGGGAGACGCUUUGUAAAAGUCCUCCAUGAUGCUUGGAGCAGUUAAAAUGGAAGGACACGAACACACCGACUGGAGCACCUACUACGGAGAGCCCGAGUGUUACACCUCGGUUGGCAACAUGAACGCGGGCCUGGGAAUGAACUCUAUGAAUACCUACAUGAGCAUGUCCGGCAUGAGCACCACUGCCAACAUGACGGCCAACUCCAUGAAUAUGUCAUACGUCAACACGGGCAUGAGCCCCUCCAUGACCGGCAUGUCACCGGGAACCGGAGCCAUGAACGGCAUGGGCGCAGGGAUGACGGCAAUGAGCGCAGCCCUGAGCCCCAGCAUGAGUCCCAUGACCGCACAGCCCGCGUCUAUGAACGCCCUCACGUCGUACUCAAACAUGAACGCCAUGAGCCCGAUAUACGGACAGUCUAACAUCAACAGGUCCAGAGACCCAAAGACCUACCGCAGGAGCUACACGCACGCCAAACCCCCGUACUCCUACAUUUCUCUCAUCACCAUGGCCAUCCAGCAGUCCCCGAGCAAGAUGCUGACACUAGCCGAGAUCUACCAGUGGAUAAUGGACCUCUUCCCGUUUUACCGACAGAACCAGCAGCGCUGGCAGAACUCCAUUCGCCACUCUUUGUCUUUCAAUGACUGUUUCGUCAAAGUGCCCAGGUCGCCGGAUAAACCGGGGAAAGGCUCGUUUUGGACUCUGCACCCGGACUCCGGGAACAUGUUCGAGAACGGCUGCUACCUGAGGAGGCAGAAACGCUUUAAGUGCGACAAGAAGAUGAAGGAACCGGGCCGCAAGUCAGGGGACGGCGGCUCCUCCAACAGCAGCUCAGAGAGCUGCAACGGCAACGAGUCCCCGCUCUCCAACUCCUCCUCCAGCGACCACAAAAGGUCCCUGUCGGACAUGAAGACGAGCCAGGCCCUGAGCCCGGAGCACACCGCUGCUAGCCCGGUGACGCAGGGGCAGCACCUCAUGUCUCAGCAUCACUCGGUUCUUGCGCACGAAGCCCACCUGAAGCCGGAGCACCACUACUCCUUCAACCACCCUUUCUCCAUAAAUAACCUCAUGUCCUCGGAGCAGCAGCAUCACAAAAUGGACUUAAAGACUUACGAGCAGGUGAUGCAUUACUCCGGCUAUGGCUCCCCCAUGGCGGGACCUCUUUCCAUGGGCUCCAUGGCGGGGAAAGCCGGUCUGGAUUCUUCAUCCAUACCUGACACAACUUACUACCAAGGUGUCUAUUCCAGACCAAUCAUGAACUCCUCGUAAACUCUUUUAUCCCCUCAUGUAAUGUGGACUUUCUUCCCAUUCACUUUGUACAUUUGUAAAAGAAAAAAGUAUAGACUUUGUGUACAAUAUGUAUUUCAGAUAUUUUUGACGUUUCCCACAGUUUUAGUUGUCGAGUUUGUUAGUAGCCUAAUUAUUUUGAGAGGAUGCUGAUAUUAAUGAUUAAAAAACACUGAAAAUGUGACGGAAAUCUGCUCAGAAGUUGGUUUCAGGACUGGACCCAAAGACAACCAACAACAACUUGCUGUAAAAUAGCCUGCGUCCGCAUAACUGGACUCGUAAAUGACUCGAAAUGCCUCGCUGGAUUUGUUCAAUCAUUUGUGUAAUUCCUAUUUAUGGCUUGUAUAUGUGUAUUCUUGUAGUGACAAGAACAGAAUCUAUAUUAAAGUGUUAUUGGUUUUGUUUUCUGAA